CGCUUAGUUGUUUGAUCUUGUUUGUUGUAUCGGUCGCUAACAGGAUGCUUCAUGUACUGGAGGAGAUGCAGAAUCAGGUGUCGACGAACCCGGUGGACAAAGUCGCGGGACUGGCAUUUCUGAUGUGGUCCGAGAAGAUACCGGCAUACUAUGAGAGCCAAUCUCUGGAGGAGGCAUGGACAGCACUCGUGAAUUCGAUGGAUGCGCUGCGCCGGGGGGAGUUCUUCUUCUUAUGUCCUGAACCAGGAAAUGCAGGCAGAAAAUGGAGGCCAUCAUGGAACCAGGUUAUGAUGAAGCCUCUGCCUGCAUAUGAUUUUGACCCCAGUGUCCGUGUUCAUCGGGAUGAGACGGGAGAUGAAGACUCAUGCAAUGUGUGUCAUUGUGGAGUACAUUGAAAAGGGGUUGGUGUGGGGGUUGGAUGUUGUGGAGGAGGGUGAUCGACAUGGAGAGUUGAUUGUUAAAGAUGAGGGUGGGAUAGAAUAUAGAUCUGGAAUCGCUGCCACCCGAUACCUGAAGACACUUACACACUGAUUAAAGCCUCCAGUCCCAGAAAGAGGCCACACUAUGGUUGCGUUGUUGGGCAAAGCCUGCCAGGGGGAAAGUUUGAGAAAGUGUCGC